AUGUUUAUUUAUAAGAACAUUCUGAUUCUAUUAUUUUCCUUGGCUUAUGGCUUGACUUCAUACAAAAUACCCAAAACUGGAACUCCUCCUGAUGCAAGAAAGCAUUCUGCAGCCGCUUAUGAUUCAACUCAAAAUAGAAUGAUAAUAUUUUCAGGAUCUUCAUCUGAGCGAGAAUAUUAUAAUGAUAUAUGAAGCUUCGAUUUCGGCAACUAUCAAUGAUCACAGCUCAUACCAUCUACUUCCUUAACUCCUGACCCUCGUGUAAGUCCAGCAAUAUGCUGAUUCUGAUUAAAUUAGACAUAUAUGUACUAUGCUUCUUUUUGCAAUAUUCAUUUAAAAUUUCAAUAUUUUUAUGACAAAAAUCUCAACCGACUUUUGAUUUUCGGAGGAAAAACUUAUGUUGGUUUAGCAUCUGAUAUCUGAAGUUUUGAUUUACUCCUUCAUCCUUUAAAUUAUAUAAAAAAAUGCUUCGAUUUAGUCGAUCUUUAAUUUAUAUGAAAUUUUCUAUAAAUGAAUUUUAUUAAUUUAAGUGGUAACUUUGUUUAGAAGUCUUCUAUUCAUACUCCCAAUUUAAAAUAGAUCAUGAUAUAGGCAAUUUAAGACUUUCUACUAGUUUACCAAAUUUUGUUAACUUGCCAAGUUAAAUUAGGUAUAAAGCUAAUAGCCAAUAGAAAAAUUACAUUACAUAUAAAAAAUAAAAAUUUUUAAGUUUAAGAGGUUCAUUAAUUAAAAAACUGAAAUUUGCCAAUAUUUUGCUUUGAUUUAAAGUGGCGUAGUUAGAUUUUCUUAUUGUGAGUCAUAUAUAGUGAGAAAAAAUAGAUUUUUCUAGCUGCCGAUUCCACCCAACAUCAGCAAUGGCAUCAGUUUCAUUUACUUGGAAUAAAAAAACUCACUACGCAAUUUAUGGAGGUAAAUCUCCCGAUUUGAUGCAAACGAGGCUUUAUAUAUUUGACUUUGAAAAUGCAAAUUGCACAAUUAUGCCAAAUCAAGGAGAUCUGCCAGUACCUGGAGGUGAAUCUCGAAUGAUAUUUUAUAAAGACUCACUUUUUGUAUGAGGAGGAUUAACCUAUGAUUUUAACUACGACCAAAGUCUAUAUGCUUAUAACUUGACAACUCAAUCGUGAUCAAAGCCAGCUAUAUCUGGCGACUUACCCACUGGAAGAAUGAUGUUUGACAUUGCAGAAUAUUCAGACUGCCUCUAUGUCUUUCCUGGGUUUAAUAGCAAUUUCAAUUCAGGUGUUAAUGAUAUUUGGAGAAUAAAGCUAUCUGAUCUCACAUCUUGAGAAAAGGUCCCAUUUACAAAGGACUCAAAUACAGCUGUGAGAAGCGAAGCUACCAGCAUUUUUGUAAAUUCGACUCUGUACCAAUUUAGCGGAGCACUCAAUACAAAUGAUUUGAUUUCUAUUGACUUGUCGCAACUCAUGCCAAAAUAUGAAACAGUUACAGAAGAUUGAGUUUCUCCUCCUGCAAGAAUGAGAUUUUCAAUGGCAAGAGUAGAAAAAUAUUUGAUUGUGUUUGGAGGGAUUGGGAGUAAUGACGAAUUGUAAGAGAUAUGCAGAUUCAAUGAUAUCUGGACUUUUGAUACAGUAGAGGAAGUAUGAGAAUCACUGGAUCCUGCUGAUAAUCUUUCACCAAGAUCUGGCCAGGCUACUACAGAGACUGGAUUUGGAAUGGUUGUUUUUGGAGGAGAAGACAGCUCAGGCUUGCUAAACGAUUUCUAUGUGUUUUCUCUAGCAUCUGAGUCUUGACAUGAAAUUCCUAGCAUUGGAAGCACUCCUAGUCCCAGAAAAGGAGCUUGCCUAAAGACGUUGGAGCCUUUUAUUAUUUUAUUUGGGGGAAUAACAAAAAAAGGAUUCUCCAAUGAUAUUUGGGUAUAUAAACUAUGGGAACUGUCUUGGGAAAAUAUAACCCCUGCUGGAAGUUCUGUCCUACCUAUGGCGUGGCAUGAAUGCUACAUGUACUAUGACGACGAUUGACGUUUUUAUGCUCUCUUUGGCAAACUUAGUGGUGAUCUUCCUAAUAAAAACAUUUACAAGUUUAGUUUAGGCACAAAAUCUUGGGAAACCACUCAUACUUUCCAAUAUAAUGACAUAUACACAAGUUUUAGUGAGCAAUCAAUGCAAGUCUUCAACACGUUUUUAAUUUCAAUUGGAGGAGAAUUCGAGGAUUAUUAUUCAUGCAAUUUCAUUACACUGAUAAAUAUCACUAAUUUUGAAACUGAAACCAUAGAAUACAUGGAAGAUUCUUUAUUUUCUCACCAGUCAUCCUAUUUCAUAGACAAACUCUAUGUAUAUGGGGGCAGCUUAUCAAUAAACUCAAUUAUGCCUGGUAGGCUUGUCUCAAGCAUAUUGUAUAAGAUUGCUUUUAACGAUUCACGAAUAAGAUACCCCUGCAGCCCUGGAUCAUACAAAGUAGGACCCGAAUGCAAAAUUUGCCCUGUUGGGACUUAUUCAGAAAACUAUGAUGCUCCUGAGUGCGAAAAAUGCCCUGUGGGGACUUAUCUUGAUAGGCCUGGAGCUGCAAGUGCUAAUUUAUGCAUUCCUUGCAAAUAUGGUAGCUACACUAACGUUACUGGAGCCGGAUUAUGCAAGCAAUGUCCUGCAGGGAUGGAAUGUGAGAUUGGAAGCACUUCUCCAAGUAUAAAAAUGUCUACCAAUAAUGAGUUCAAUCAUCAGCCAGAGUAUUAUGAAGGAGGGACAGAGACUGUCAACAAAUGAGUACGCUUUAUGGAAGUCCUGUUUUCUAUAUUAAGUGUGAUUCUUGUUUUAAUUGCAGUAUCUAGUGGUAAGUUAUCAAGCUGAGUUGCGAAAGCAGACAUUUACGACGAUAAGCAUAAUGAAGACAACCAACCUAUGUAUAAAAGAAAAACCUAUAUUGGGGGCCUUUUUUCCUUAUUAACUACACUAUGAGCUUUCUUUAUUGUGAUCCAGUAUAUUUUGCAGCAAUCCUAUGAUAAUGUAAUUGAAACAAAAUCUUUAAUUCCCCUUCUUCACCUUUACCAGCAAGCAGGGAAGUUUUCUGGAGAUAUUUCUGUAUCUCUCAGCUUAUACAAUUAUGGAGGCACUUGUGUGAAAAAUGGAAGCUGCGCUGCAGGAUUAUCUUUGACUUGGAUGAACACCAAUAGUGACCAAACCAUAAUGGAAUGCGAAUUUUUUGAUAAAAAUUGCAUUGUUUCCACAACUUGCAAGAACUGCGAGAUAUCUACAGAUGCAAGCUUAGUUUUUAAUUUCACAGAAAGCAGCAGCUAUGGGAGCUUUUUUUUAGUAGAGGUGACCGCAGAUUCAGCAAUUCCUAACGAGCCGAGCUCUUAUUCAGUAUAUGCUUAUCCUCCAAAAGAUAAAGUAAUGAUAGGGCAGAAUCCUAAUUAUGUUAAUUUUAUUAUGACUCCAAGUGUAAUAUUUAUAUAGCUUUUUCUUUCAGAUGUAAGCACUUGGAAAAACAAUCAAACUGGAUAUCUGAUCUCUCUUCAAAAUACCAAGCUUGGGUCGAGUUGGACUGUAGACGAGAUGGCAUAUUAUAAAUAUGUAAGUAUAGUCAUUAAUUUCCAAACUGAUACUACAGGACUUCUAACUGCAAGAACAAUCAAUAUGGAUUUUAUGUUAUUUAUAAGUACUUUAUUUGGGUCUAUAAGUGGAAUAGUAGAUUUAGGCGGCUUUCUAAUGGAGUUUUUUGAACAAAAGCUGAAUGAGAUUAAGGAAAAAAGAUCAACAAAAAUAGAAUUAAGCCAUUUAGCACAUAAUGUAAGAAAAUUCUUAGGAAAUUUUUCUCGCCAGCCAAAAUUUAAGAAAUUAGCUAGCAAAAACUCCACUAUCGAAUUAGAUAGUUUUAGCUAUUCUAAUAUUUUCUAA